CAUGCUCCCACGACUGGCGCAACAGCGAACAUGGCCUCUAAAAUGUACAGCAUAGAGCCGAAAAGAAUGGCGAGCGGCAAGAAGGAAGCGGAGGCGAACCGGAGCGGACGGUGGCCGUCCGUGAUGGACUUUGCUACACGGUGAUUCGACUGCCUAUCACCGCGUCCUGGUCCCAUCUGGAUCCUCUACUAUCUCACGGUUCAAGUUCCAGAUUCACAUAUCUACUUCUAUUUGGUCAGAUACGGGCAUCUGAAAAAUAGAUAUCACAGAGUCGAUCGUGAACACCUACCUAAUCACCCGCCUUUCCUGCACCCCACCGCGAGUACCCUCCGGCCAUACCUCCACUGCCUUAAGAAACCUCAAAUAAGAAGCAAAUGGACCUCGAAGACAAAGCGGGGCAAGACGCUCAGAACUACUAUCCAGGGCCGCACACCGAACGCGCCAACGCGAUAGGCCGGACGUCUCGUCGGACGCAAUGUACAUUGAGGGAAUAUCCUUCCCGCCGCUCAUGCCCUUGGGUCGGCGCGUGCUUACGCUGGGCAUCUCACGUGUUAUGGACGAAGUGGAGAUCUGGAAAGCUGCGCGCGAGUAUGACACGCCUCCACCGCCGUCGCCAUCCGUGGAUGCAAGCGCAAGGGCGGCGGCGGUCGUGCCGCAUUCUAUGCACGUUUUGGCCGACUGCACCGCAGCGGCGCGAAUUGCACGAAAGAGAGCAGAGGAGCAUGCUGCGUGCGCGGGCUCCGGCGGGUGCAACGCAGUAGCGAGCAUGCCGCGGAUACCUCGGCGCAGCGCAGACGCAUGUGCGCGCUUCCAUGGCGGCAGUGCAGCUUCCCUCCGGCCAUGAGAUCGACGUAAUCCUAUCGUUUCCGCGAUCGCCCGACUUGGACCACCCAUGGCAGGUGCUGGGCCUUGGGCGAACGUAGUUAUCGCCAACGGAGUCGCUCGAGUAAAGGGGCAGAUUCUCACAAGCCCAGAUGGGGGCAGACUGCUAAAAAGAAGCGCCGGUCGUGGACGCUGGAGUGACAGCGGUGGAUGCUAUGCAAGUCCGCGGCAAUUUUUCCGUACCAUCUGACAUGGCAACAAUGGUCCCUACUCUCGCGUUCUCCAUCGCCGCCCUUCAUUUGUCCCCGUCGGACCGACGCUUUCCUUCUGCAGUUGAACACAUCGUCCGAGGUCUGAGCUUGUGAGAAUGGAGAAACUUACAGAAAUAUAUUGCCGCAACG